UCCCCCGUGGCCGCCCGGCAGCAUGGCGGCGGCGGUGGAGACCCGCCGAGUCUGCGAGACCGCCGGCUGCAGCAGCGAGGCCAAGCUGCAGUGCCCCACCUGCCUCAAGCUGGGCAUCCAGGGCUCCUACUUCUGCUCCCAGGAAUGCUUUAAGGGAAGCUGGGCCACCCACAAGUUGUUACACAAGAAAGCAAAAGAUGAAAAAGCUAAGCGUGAAGUUUCCUCCUGGAGCCUGGAAGGCGAUGUUAACACAAAUCCCUGGUCUGGUUAUCGAUACACGGGGAAACUCAGGCCACACUAUCCAUUGACACCAACAAGACCUGUGCCAAGUUAUAUUCAGAGACCAGAUUAUGCUGAUCACCCACUAGGAAUGUCUGAAUCAGAACAAGCUUUAAAAGGAACCUCUCAAAUAAAAAUACUGUCAUCUGAGGAUAUAGAAGGGAUGCGAGUAGUGUGUAGGCUUGCUAGAGAAGUAUUGGAUGUUGCUGCCAUGAUGGUGAAACCAGGAGUAACUACUGAAGAAAUUGAUCAUGCUGUCCAUUUAGCUUGUAUUGCAAGGAAUUGUUAUCCUUCCCCUUUGAAUUAUUAUAAUUUCCCCAAGUCAUGUUGUACGUCAGUGAAUGAAGUGAUCUGUCAUGGAAUUCCUGACAGGAGGCCGUUGCAGGAGGGAGAUAUUGUUAAUGUGGAUAUCACCGUCUAUCGCAAUGGCUACCACGGAGAUCUGAACGAGACAUUUUAUGUUGGGGAGGUGGACGAGGGUGCCAGGAGGCUUGUCCAAACAACUUAUGAGUGCCUGAUGCAAGCCAUCGAUGCAGUAAAACCUGGUGUUCGGUACAGAGAACUGGGGAACAUAAUUCAGAAACAUGCUCAAGCAAAUGGAUUUUCAGUGGUUCGGAGCUACUGUGGACAUGGAAUCCAUAAACUUUUCCAUACAGCUCCUAACGUACCCCAUUAUGCCAAAAACAAGGCAGUUGGAGUCAUGAAGCCAGGUCAUGUAUUUACAAUUGAACCAAUGAUCUGUGAAGGUGGCUGGCAGGACGAGACCUGGCCCGACGGUUGGACUGCGGUGACGAGGGACGGGAAGCGCUCGGCACAGUUUGAACACACACUGCUGGUCACAGACACGGGCUGCGAGAUCCUGACCCGGCGCCUGGACAGCAUUCGCCCCCACUUCAUGACCCAGUGAUAGUCCACACUGAGCAGGUGCAUCAGAAUGAGAAAUACAUAUGUAUUUUUUGCCCCUGUACUAUGCAUUUUUUUAAGAGUACAGAAUAGAAAGAUUUCACCAUUUACUUUCUUCUCAGUGAUUGUAGAUAAGAGGAAUAUCUCCAAGAACCUGACCCAAUGUCUGCAAAAGCAGAGAAUUUAAAGAAUUUCCUGCUUUCCUCCUACCUACAACACUCACGCUGUACUUUCCUUUUUUCUUCAAUUAUCUCUUUAGCACCUUUCUUCCAAUUAGGCCCACAAUUGCUUCUGUUGCUACCAUGAUAUUAGCUAGAAAAGCGUGGGUAAGCUUUCCCACUGGGACUUGGUAUUUUGGGAUCCAGGUUUUUUCACCAUUUCAGUGUGCCCUAUCACUCUUUGUGAGUGGCACCUGAGAUUUUACGCAUUUCUUAUUCCAAAGACUUGCUCUUGCUUCUGCAGAUACUAUUCUGGGCCUUGUUUGUUUAUCAGUUGAGAAGGGGGCAGAAGGGAGAACGACACGCACGUACAAGAGCGGGCUACCUUUAAUUCUGCCCCCAUCUCUGCUGGUGGCUUCUGUAGUGCUUGCCACUGUGGGUGGUACACUGUGUUAAUGGCAGGACUUGUUUUUCUUGCUGGAGAUUUGAUAGGAUGGGAAGUUAACAAAGUCUGUCUUAUAUGCAGCUCCCUGGAAUAAACUGCUUUUUGUCGAAGCAGUACUUGCAGGUAGCCUCCUGCACCAAAAGCUUGGUGAAACUGAUGUAUCAGACUUGCCUAGAUAAAGGAAUGAAACAAGAACCAAAAAGAUCCCAUGAUUCAUGGGAUCCCUACAUGUGUUAGCUGUGGGGAAUUUUUUAAAAGUACAUCCACAGUAGUUGUGGGAGAUUGGAUUUGCAAGACUUACAGUGAAGUAUCUUAGAACAAGUCUGAGUGUGUGAAAAUGAAACAUGUCCAACACUGUAUUCAUUUUCUUUUGGUGAUUUUUAAACGGGUCAUUUUUUUCCCCCCCUGGUUGAGUGAGUUUCAGGCUUUUGGAAAGUCUUAGGGGGGCAGCUAUGAAAACUGAUCUUUUUUUUUCCUCAGACAGGGUAUAGAGUAGGCAACAUUGGUACAUAUACCCCUUUAUAUUUUGUUAAUGGGUCAGGGAGAGCUGGAAACAGUUAAGGAGUGUGGAUUGAUUAAGCCUCUCUUUUCUCUGCCCUUUCUUUUUCCGUGCCCAUUUACCUUCCAUCAUCUUUGGUGUCUCUGCUGAGGGAAGUUAUUUUUUCUUCUGAACAGUAAUGAAAAAUUUCAGACCCCAUUGUAGACUUCAUCAUACACCACACUGUAACACAAGAAAUACUUACGCCAACACAGGCAUUAAAUCAUACAAUCAUGGGCAUAAAAUACACCUCUUACAAAAUGUCUGGUGAAUUUGUUGCCACAGAUCCAAGAACACGAAGUGCUGCAUACCCUUGGCUCCCCUUGGCACUGCAGAAUUUAGGUGGGGGAAAGGGGUUAGUGCUUCACAGAACUGGACUCAUCUACUCCCAAAUUUACCAGAAAAUGUCUUCUCUGCCCUGAGUGCCUCAGACCUCUGUUGCUGUAAGAGCAUCACGGCAAUGUUUUCAUUACCUUUAUUCUUGUUUUAAUUAUGCAGUAGAGUGACCUGAAACAAUGCACAGAGAGCGCGUGUGCGUGCGUAUGCGUGUGUGUAGAGAUUUUUAACAAAAAACAGACUGUAGUACUUGAGUGGGAUUACCUGUGCUGAAUGAACUGUGUUGAGGAGAUGCCUGUCCUGGAGGUUUGCCCACCAUAUCCUUCACUUGAAUGGUUACAAUGGUCUUGCCUUUUCUAUGUGUGUGUAUGAUGCGGGGGGUGGGGGGGC